AUGCUCCGAACUCAUCCGCAGCCCCCGACUAUACUCUCCCCAGUCCUCCACCCCGACUUCACCUCACUGUGUGAAAGCAACAAGCACUCGCUAUUCAACUUGGUUUGAUUUAUAACUAAGUGCAAUCAAUUGGCACAAUAAAAAGGAAAUAGGAUAGCCAAUCGUCUAGUAUCUUAUUUUUCAAUUACAAACCAAAUCGUUCUCAUGGCCGCACGACGAAGCAGACACCUUUCGAAGCUCUGCCAGGCGACGCUGACAGAUAGUAAAUCGCUCUCCGCCACAGUCCCAUCAUACAACGCGACCUGGGGUGUAUUCCUUAGUCGGAUUCUGUUACAAAACGUUUUGCAACGGAAACCGUUUACUCCAAAGGUAAAACGUUUUGUAUCGAAAACAAGACUUUCUAUUGAACAAUUCCAGGUAGGCCCCUCCCUGUUUCGUUCCGUUUGCUCUGUUUGCUUCCGUUUGGUUCCUCUAGUAAACGAUAACAAACCAAACGUUUUUCAACGGAAUCCGACUAAUGAACACCCUUAUUACUGCCUCCAUCCCUGAUAACAGUGCUACAUUUCCUGGCACGGCAUAGCAACGAGAGCGGCACUCUUUCCGCAUAGCGACAGCGUGAGCAGAAACAAAUAUAUGGGAUGUUUUCUUUAUAUAUACGGUCUAUGGAUGUUUCAAAGCAGCAGUCAAUUUGGGUAGUGAAAAAAACAAGAACAUUCUUCCAGACAGUCUGUUUACAAACUUCAAUUAUCAUAUGUGGCUGUGCUCUAUAACAUUUCAUUUAAUAUUUUCCUUGAAAUAAUCUCUGAUCUGGCAUAAGUGACAGUGACAAGUGGAACACUGCUUUCAGUGAUUUCUUCAAGGAAGGGAAAUAACAAUGAUGUAUAUAAACACAUUAUACACAUUAUUGGGAAAGAAUGAUUCAUGUAUUAAACAGGGACGAAUUUUUCGGAACAACAAAGUCAGGAAGAACAGCGCCCGCUAGCGGUCUCUCGAGGCUAGGCAAAGGCUUGGUACAAACCUCAGGUACAAACAGCAGGAGCGACAUAAACUAAAUCAAUCUGUGGUGUGCAUAUGGUUUUAUGACAACAAUACUACACUGCUGUCUAGAUGUUGAACAGGUAUCAUAUUCUCUGUGAUGUUCUUCAGACAUCUGAAGACAAAAGGUGUUGGGAAUCAUCUUUAUACAAAAAGCAGUAUAGUAUCAGAGCACAACCUAUGGGAGAAUGGAAUGUUUUGCCCAUUCAUUUCUUGAAAGUUUGGUGCCUACUUAGUUUCCUCUCAUGCAUUUUUCAACAAGUGAUGGUUCACCAAACCAACAAUCACUGCCACAGCUUCAACCAGAACAGUUCCAACCGCAAUUGUACCAGCCACCCAUGGCGGGACCAGUUGAUUCAUAUCCACAGCCAAUUUCUGGACAGACACAGAGUUGGAGAGGAAGAGGACGAGAAGGCUUCGGAGAAAGAGGAAGAUUUAAGUCAUCCUUCCAGCAACUUUCAGAAGCAUGUUAUAGUUGUGGACAGGUUGGUCACUUUGCCCGUGGGUGCAAUAGGUCAGGAGGAAACAUCAGAGGGAAUUUCAGAGGAGGAUACAGGGGCCAGUCAAGAUCAUCUGGAGGACCGGUGAACCCCUACAGGGGUCCGGAGCAAGGAUUCUAGAGGUGCCUAGAUGAUCCGAAAGGGGGGUGUCAGCUGGUAGCAUCAGGACCGGAAAAAGAUCCAACAAUUGAGGUGAAAAUAAACAACCGACCAUUGGAAGUGAUGGCGGAUAGCGGAGCUGCGUUCACCUGUGUUCGACCUGAAGAUGCUACACAUCUCCCUAUGUCCAAUCAACUCGUUAGGACAAUCGGAUUUGAGGGAGUAAAACAGCUGAUUCCUCUUACGGAACCUUAUUUUUUUUUUAUUAUUUACAUUUUGGACCAUGCAAGUAAAAAAAAGUAUGCUUUUGCUCUUCUAGUUUCUAUUCCCAUUAGCCUGCACUGAUGAUAGACAACUUUUUAUUUUCUUUAAAGAAAAAUAGUAAUUUAUGCAAUAUGCAAUUGUGGAUGUUGUAUACACAACUGGCAACAGCUAGCAACAAUUAGAAAGUUACUUUUGGGAAUUUACUGUCAAAAUAAAAGCUCGAACAAACCCCUCUCUUGAGUUGCUCUGUCCCUGUCUUGAGCCCAGGGGAUGUGUCUCAGAGUAGGAGUGCUGAUCUAGUAUCAGGUUCCCCUGUCCAUGUCAUUUUAUUCAUUGUGGUCUAAAAUCAUUAAAAUAUUCAAAAUAAAAGCUUUUAGAUUGUGGUCUAAAAGUUAGAAUUAGAAUAAAUCUAAUUUGAGUCAAUCAGAUCUUUUAUUUUGAAGUUGAUAACGGAAGUGAUCGGAUGCGUCCUCACUGCUGCUACGUUCACACCCAUUUUAUUGAUCAGGUUUCUCGAAUGGUUUGCAUUCUCUUCUACAGAUUAUAAUUAGUAAGAGACUGAAGGUAAGCUCUUGCAGGUUUAAACGAUGAGUGGUUAAGUAUUUAGUUACUUACUCACAUCUUUCUCUUUGUGUGUCUGGAGAUGAUGGGUCGCGUUAGCUAGCCGUAAUUGAAAAAGGAGAAGAACCUCUAACAUUCCCACUGUUGAUCCAGUAAGUUCAGUUAAAAGCAUUUUUUAUGUGGAAACAUUGCUUUCCAAUACAAAUAUAGUACUCUACUUCUGUGGUAAUGCCUUCGGAUAAUGUCUUAACCCAAAAAUGAAUUAUUUAAUUUUAUGGACUCUAAAUCCGCAGGCACAAAUCAAACCCAUGUGUGGUUUUUGAAUAUGUGUUCAUAAACAUUGUUGUUGCCUGUAUUGUUUUGUGUUCAUCUACUAUGUUUUGCCUCCAGAUUGCAGUAUGCCAUGAACUGUACAACACUAUCAGAGAUUAUAAGGAUGACCAGGGAAGGAUGUUAUGUGAGCUGUUCAUAAGAGCACCGAAGAGACGGUACAGAGGAUGGUUAACAUAGAACAUAAGCCUCAUUAAAUUCACUUAUCUAUUGUUUUCCUUGAAGGAAUCAACCGGAUUACUACCACAUUGUGACACAUCCCAUUGACAUGAUGAAGAUCCAGCAGAAGCUGAAGGAGUACGAUGAUGUGGACCAGAUAACGGCCGACUUUCAGCUCUUAUUCAACAAUGCAAAGGCAUACUACAAGGUAAUGUAUCCCUCCCUGUAAUAACAAACACAUUCACUUACUGGACUCUUUAGGGGAGACAAAUAAUGUUUACAAAGCAUUGUUUUGUAAGAAGGAGUUUUCAUAAUAAAUGCCCUGUCUAGGGCCUAAAACCUGGAAUUAACCAAAUGAAAGGGAAUGUGUUGCAUGUCUGUAGCCAGACUCUCUAGAGUACAGAGCAACCUAUAAGCUGUGGGACCUCUACCUGCGCACCAAGAAUGAGUUUGUCCAGCGGGGUGAUUACGAUGAUGAGGAAGGGGACGAUGCACAAGAUAAUCCUGGAGGGUUCAAUGAGGAUGAGGUAACACCAGCACUUCCAAUGUAGCAUAAAAAUUAUUUAUUACAUGAAAACAUGACUGCCCUGUCACACAUGCAGCACAUGUUUUUUAUUAAUAUUUUACCUUUAUUUAACUAGGCAAGUCAGUUCAGAACAAAUUCUUAUUGACAAUGACGGCCUACACCGGCCAAACCCGGACAACGCUGGGCCAAUUGUGCGCCGCCCUAUGGGACUCCCAAUCACGGCCGGUUGUGAUACAGCCUGGGGUCUGUAGUGACGCCUCAAGCACUGAGAUGCAGUGCCUUAGACCGCUGCGCCACUCGGCAGCAUCUCCCACUCCCAUAUCUCUGGGAGUAAGGACGUCAGCGUGGCACAGCAGCUGAAACCUGGUUCCAUCUGAGUGAAAGCUCCUUGGCCACAACACCAGACUCCAGACAAUUGAAGCUGUAAUGGAGGAAAGCAGACAUAAAUAGACAAGACAUUUAAAACUUGCAUACCAGCAAUAACCUUAAUUGUCCCCCAAGUUCAAGCAAUAAGCUCAUAAAGUACAAAGACAAAAUAUUGUAUAAAAUUGUCUUUGAAUGACAGAAUGCACCCAGUUGCCUGAAGGAGGUCCUUGAAGACAGUGGUGUAGUGGUCCCUGGAGAAGUGGGUAUACUCUCAGUAUGGAGAAGUGGGUAUACUCUCAGUAUGGAGAAGUGGGUAUACUCUCAGUAUUCUGAAUCUUAAACUAUUUGUCCCCAUUCUUGUGUUUUAACUUACUUAAAAAUCAACUACCAGCUUAGCUACUAUGCAAUUAAACUAGAUCAUAUAGGUUAGUUAGGGCUAAGUAACUUGGCUAAUGUUAUAAUUUAGGGCUUAGUAACUUGGCUAACGUUAUAAUUUAGACCUUUACAAUAAUAAACAAGCUUCAUAAACAUUGAGAUAAUCAGUUUCAUCAGUCUGGUAUGAAAUUCUUAUGAACUGGGUUGAUUAAACACUUACUGAAAACCAACAAUGCCCCGGUUUCCCCACAUUAUCCCAAUCUACGUAGCUAGCUUCAUAACGUUAGCCGACUCGCACUAACUAUUGGCGGCAACAUCUCUUCUCCUCUAAAUGUGCAGUCACUGGCAAUUUGCCAGUAGUUUAAAAUAAUGAUUCAUUUGGAAACCACCUUAAAACUUACCUCAGAAUGAUGUCUUCCAUCAACUGGGGUGGCACACCGCCGCUUGUGUCCUUUCUUCAUCCGUUGUUUGGUCUGCUGCCGUUAUCGUAGUCAAGUGGCACCGGCACCUGAGUUUUUUUUUAUUUUUUUUUCCACUGGCACCUGAGGUAUUAGCGAUAUUUUCCUCGGCAUGACCCGCCCUACUCUGCCUCUGAUUGGCUCAUCAGUCCUCAUGCCUAAAGUUAACCAAUCUAAUCAGUGAAAGCAGCGAGUACCAGCCAAUUAGAGGCAGAGGAGGGUGGGUCAUGGCUUCACUAUCCCCGAGGAAGAAAAUAGGCAAUCUGACUCACAGAUAUUACUGAAUGAUGCGCAUCAGGGGGGAUUUAGAAGUGGGUAUACGCAAUGCUGACUGAAAAAUAAGUAGGUAUACGCCGUAUACCCUGGACUACACCUCUGCUUGAAGAGCUGUUGGAUGCGAUGGUGAAGUUUUCAGGGAGUCUAGUCAGUUAUCUGUUCCAGAAACUGCCAUCUAAAGUGGUAAGAGAACCAUUCGCUCCAAUCCUAUGGUAUGACAUUGGUUGACGCUCAAUGUUAAAUCUCCCUACCAUCCUAUCUAAGCCAGUAUCUAUUAUUCCUCUGAAGAGUAUGAAUUAGGCUGUUUGAGAAGGUUUGAAUCCUAAGCAACCUGCAUACACAUUGUUUGUUUGAAGUACAAUAGACUAGUGUUGUCACGAUACCAACAUUUGACUAACGAUACGAUACCAAAAAUGUAGUGGCCUAGUGUCCUGUUCGCCCCAUCCCACCGACGCUUGUUCCCGUUUUCUAAAUGUUAUGCGCAUGUGCUACAUAAAAAAAAAACUGGUUUACAUUAGGCCUAUGUGAAUCCUACCUUUUUAAAGCACAUCUAAUGAGUAGCAGACCCUUUCCCUUUCUUCCUGUGCCAAUCAAAUUAGCCUAGACCUACUAUCAAGUUACCAGGUUGUUAGCUAGCUAGGUAACAUGACUGAACGAUGUUUUUUUGUUAUCAAACCAAUAAUUGGGGACCGGGAUUAGUUUAAAACGGCCUGCGACAUGGUUUGUGAAAUUAUGUCAAAUGUGUGCGAAAUCGGGUAGGAAAAAAAAAAGGUUGCUCUUGUAAUAUAAGUCAUAUUUGUUUAACCAUUUGAGCUAGAGACAAGCUGUUUUCUUUGCUGUAAAGCUGCAAGCAUGACUGUCGCGAAGCUGUUUCUCCUCUCUGGCACUGAUGCGUGACAGCGAAUUUGCAAAGCCUACUCAGACUGCCCUGUGGUCUUAUACCAGGGAAUACAUUAUACAAUGUAUCAACUUUGCUCUGCUCCAAUGUACAAAAUGUAACCGAAGACUGCUCAGGGUCUGCAUCCCCGCUCGCCAUCACGGCUAAAUUAUAAUAGAAAAACUGAUGGAGGAAUAGAUGCGGAAGGAGAGAAGCAGGUGAGUGAUGGCUGGAAGGGGAUGCGGUUGGCGGAUUACAGCUGCACCCGUGAUAUGCGCAUGAAAGUGAAGUGGACAUUCUUGGACUGGCACAUACAAGAGAUUAGUUGCUGUUGCUUAAUUUUUUUUACUGACUUGAUACAAUUUUUUAUAAGAGGUGCCAGCUGGUUCUUUAAAUCGGUAGGGCCAAAACAUUUGGUAGUAUCAUAUGAAACGGUACUACGGUAUUCUAAAAUGUGGGUAUCAUAAGUAUCAUGAUGUUUUGGUACGGUGAUAUCACCGUGGUACCGGUAUACCGUGCAACACUACAAUAGACCAACAAAGCUACUGUAGUAGGUCAAAGCAGGUACAAAAACAAUUAAAGAAAUGCAUACAAAAAUAACCCAAACCCAUUCCCCCUCUCAGUCCACAUCCACCUGCCCACAUCCUCCCUCCCCAUCUGGAGACCAUGUUUCCCACCCCGCCUAACCACCUCCCCGAAGAAAGCGUGCCUCCCACCUCUUCCCAUUCCACCCAGCAACUGAGGUUGCUUAUCAGUCCCCCUCCCAAGUUCCCCCCAAUCCCCCCGCCCUCCCCCCACAGCAACCAGAGACACCAUAUUCUGUUCCAUUUAAAGGGUUGUUCAGAUUCAAUUCGAUCUGGGGACCAUACUUUUUUAAUGGCUAGCUCAGAAUAUGAGCCAAAAGUUGUUUAUAUAUUAUGGCGAUCAGUCCUUUCGGGAGCCCAGAUAAUUUAUUUAUAAAUCCCAUCAUUGGAUGGUUCGGUAGUUGGGUGUCCCAAGGGACUCCAUGUUGUAAAUAUAGAAAAAAUGAGUUGCCUGGUAAUGUGUAUGUAUCUUUCAAAUCUUGGAAUGUUCUCGAACAAUUACCGUCCAUGAUAUUGGUAAGGGUACGGAUUCCACAUUUGGACCAUUGGGGGGGAUGCAAAAGUCCGCCCUCCAGAUCGCAAGGCAUUAUUAUGAAAUAUUGGAGUAUGGGCAUGCCAUUUUGAUUCCCAGUUACAUAGUUUUUAAAUUUUGUGCCAAAUAGAAAUUAUGUGUAGAAACAGUUUUGAUUGUUGAUUUCUUUCCCCUCAGCAAUACCCAGACUAUUAUGCCAUAGUAAAGGACCUAAUAGAUCUGAAAAUCAUUACCCAGAAGAUACAGGUAUGCUACCCAACCAUCUGACUGAAUGUACUGUAGAUGGUUAAAGUAACACUACAGUGUGCAUACAAUAAAUCACUGGUCAAUUUUUUUCUUAGAUGAGCCUCUACAGAAGUGUCAGCCCCAUGGCAAAAGACAUAGAAUGCCAAAACGUACAAUGAGCCUGGGUCACAGGUUUUUAAGGUAUGCUGUACUACAGAAUUCUGACUUAAUUCUGAAUGGAUGUCAGUUUUGUUUGUUAUAACUCUUUCUUUCUUAUUUAUUUAAGGAUGCCAACACCAUCAAAAAUAUUUUUCCACAGAGAAAGACAGAAAUUGAGCAUGCUGAGCCAAUCAAAUCCAGCAUUCGCAUCAAGUAAGCGAUACCAUAGACAGAACAGAAAGUAGACUUUAUGAGCAAACAACAUGCAACAUUUACAAGGAUUUUCCAUGAGUUAAACAUCUCUGUGUGUGUGUGUGUCAGGAACAGAAGGUCUGCCCAGGGAGACUGGCUCUCAGCUAUUACCAUGGCUCUUCAGUAUGAGAGUGAUGACGAAUGCAUUCUGGCUGGUACGUCUCAUUGGUCUGUUAGCUGUUUUGGCUCUGCAUUAUCAACCCUAUAAAAAAGAAGGAACAUAAGGGACAUUGCAGUGCUAAGUAUACUAAUAUAUGAGGGUUUGUCAGAAGACUUCAGACUUCAUCUGUCUGAUUCAAUUGUCUCUCAUUGCCCAGGGUCUGUCCACUAUGACGAGGGGGAGUCGGAGGCAGAGAGCAUCCAACACAGCAUGGACAUGAGUACCCCAAUCUUCCAGAUGUACGAGGCUCUGCAGGGUGGAAGGAACAGCCAGGGACAGCUCAUCUCCGAGCCUUUCCUCCAGCUGCCAGGAAGGACUACCCAGACUACUACCAGCAGAUCAGCCAGCCCAUCUCCCUGCACCAGAUUAGGUAGGCCAACCAGUGGAAGGACAGUAUCUGCUCAAUAAAUGGCAGAUUGAGAAGUUGUUCUACAUAAAAGGGUUAUUUGAAACAAAUUCAUGCAAGUGUGAUUUAUGUCAUCUGGGCUCCAAGAUGGUCCAUUUAAUAGCCUAUGUCAAGUUUUAUUCAGGCCUCAUAAUUAUCCUAAAUCAGCUGCUGUAUGUUUUGUGUGGCAUAACAUGGCAUGAGCUGUACAGUGUGUUUCUAUCCCAUCCCUUCCCAAUGAGAGCCCUUAAUUCCCCACACACAGGAACAAGAUGAAGAACAACGAGUAUGAGUGUUGAGCAGCUAGACGCAGACCUCACUCUGAUGUUUGAGAACGCCAAGCGCUACAAUGUGCCUCACUCCUCCAUUUAUAAGUGUGUGCUGAAACUCCAGCACAUUCAGCAGGUCAGUGUGUGUAUGAGCUGCCAAUGCUGGAACUGAAGUUCAAGCUCUGCUAUAGUUGUGUAUCAGUAUCUGUAUGACUGUAAAGUAUCCUAUGCUAAUUAUUAGGUGUAACGUUACUGGAGUAUUUAACUUACAAUGAGAUGAUACUGCUGCUUAGGUAAUCUGGUCUCUCUGGUGUUAAACAUUGAUUAGGUCUACUCAGUUGCAAUCAAUUGUUUUGUGGAUAGUUGCUUGUUCUACUUAUAAAUAGACAGAAUAUUAAAUAUUGGAGCUGCCAAACCAUGAUGGCUUUUAUGUUUGGGAGAAAUGUUGGAGAGAGAUAAUGAGAUGGGGAGAGUAAGAGGUGCUAGUUUGUAUUCAUGAACGUGUGGGAGGAAGAGAAGCUAGUUGUAAUUGGUGUGUGUGUGUUUGUCUUUUCCUAGCUGAAGAAAAGGAGCCAUUGAGGAGGGAGGGGGACAGCAUGGAUGGGGACAGCAUGCUCUCUUCUAUCAUCAAGAUGUUGAUCAUGCCGCUGAGCUCCGUUAAGUUUGUCCCUUGGGACGUACCGUUGCCUGUAGUCCAUUUUGCAUCCAUGUUCGCCCCUAAGCAAGAAGAAGAGAAGCCUGCAGAGAUACAAGAAGAGGGCAAAGCCGCGGACACUAUUGUGGAUAAGGUGAGUGGUUGGAAAAUAAUGUGCAAUAAGAAUUAGAUUCAAUUGGAUUUAACAAAGACAUCCUGACUGCGUAUGUAUGUGUAGGGGAGGGAGGAUGUAACCCUGGACAUGACCAAUGGAGAGCCAGGCUGCCAGUACUAUGAGCAGCUCUACUACAACGACACCUGGCUAAAAGUGGGAGACUGCGUCUAUAUUCGCUCACAUGGACUAGUGCGCCACCGAGUGGGCAGGUAUGGUAAAUACAACUGUACAGACACAUUUCCCAGAAUAGGAUAUUGCUUGAAAUAUAAUUAUUAUUUAUGUUGUGUAUUUAAAAUAAAGUGAGUUUUAUUUUUGUCUAAGUGUUCCUUAGCAACUUGGAGGAGUCUUGCCCCAUGACCUGUAUCAUAGGUACUCUCUCUGCCCCUACAUAGUGUCCCCUUUUGACAGACAGUAUUAUAAUGUUGAUGCUAUGCUAUGUUAUUUUCAAAUGUUGAUAAGAGGAACAUCCAAGUUUAAGUGCAUGGGUUGAUUGUAUUUCACCGAACAUGUGCCAUGCUUAUAUAUCUCUCUCUGUUCACUUGUUCCACAGGGAAGUGUGCAGUGUCCUCCUUCAAGGAGUACCUUUUGUGCCGGCCCACUGAAGUGCCUGAGGAGGACAUUCUGCUGUGUGAGAGUCGCUACAUCAAGAGUGACAAACAGAUGAAGUUCAAGGGCCUGAAGCGCUUCUCCAUCUCUGGGAAGGCGGGUGGAGGACGAGAUCUAUUACUUCAGGUGAGUGGUUUGACCUUUACAUGCCUCAAGAUACUGUGGCAUACUCAGCAAAAGUAAGAAAACAUUCCACAACGCAAUAAAGCAGAAUUGAGUGACCCUGAAUGGGUGAGUUAUGAGUCAGUCACAAACACGCAGGUGUAACUGCACCCAGUCUACUCCACAUGUGUCCCGUACAGGAAGCUGAUCGUGCCCCAGAAGGAGCCGUCCCCUCUGCUGGACGGGAAGAUUGCGGUGCUGGAGGCCAAGUUUGCUGACAUGACAGACGAGGAGUUGGAGGACCUGGGUGAGGAUGAUGGGGAGCUGGGAGACACCUCCAUACCCCAGCUCCAGAGCCCCAUGGCAGGCAGCGACAUGGACAUGCCUUACACCCCUCCACAGGUCAGAGCACCAACAUACACUGGGAAAAUGUGUGGUGAUGUUGUGAAGGUAAGGAUCGUCCACCCUAGUUUAGAUGUGUCAAAUGAAUCGCAUGCAUCCUGAUUGAAAGAAAAUGAUUUGCAUGUUCAGGGUGAGAUUGAUGAAAAAGCCCUCUUAGCCAUCCAGUUGGAGGUGUGUAUAGCAAUGACAGUAUAGAGAUCACAUGACACACUCUCCCUUACUUGACUGCAGUCCACUCCCAAGUCCAUGAAGGUGAUGUCCAAGAAUGAGGGCUCCAAGAGGAAGAUCAACAUGAGUGGCUACAUCCUGUUCAGCAGUGAGAUGCGUGCGGUCAUCAAGGCCCAGCACCCAGACUUCACCUUCGGGGAGCUCAGCCGUCUGGUUGGCACCGAGUGGAGGAACCUGGAGUCUCCCAAGAAAGCUGAGUAUGAGGGUAAGAGAUCUUACAAAUGUACUUAGAAGGGACUUUUUCAGGUUUCUAAAAAUGACUGGUCGUUUUUUCAAUCCCCCUUGCAGUAGUGUCUCUGCCAAUUCCCUUGCAAAAAGUUGUAUUAGUAUGUGUGUUUGCAGAGUGAGCAGCCAAAGUGGCCGAGCAGCAGGAGCGGGAGAGGGUGGCCCAGCAGCUGGCUUUCCCUAGAGCAGGUAGCCCAGUAGGAGUGCUGAUGGGGGUGGUGCCUCCCCCAACCCCCAUAGGGAUGCUUUAUCCCAGCAUGAUGCCUGUGUCAGGUAACCCCUCACUGUCGGGGAUGCACCCCCCUGGGGACACUUGGAGUUGCAAUAAAAGCUGAACUGCUAGAAUGAUGAGCCCUUUUUAAUUUUCUCAUCACUCCACCCUUGGCUACUAUUUUAUUGUAGUACUGUGCUAUCCCCUCUUUUCAAUUAUACACUACUUCAACAUUUAUUAAAAAGUUGACCAGUUUCACUGCAUCUUUCUAGCAUCAGUCUUUUUCAAGUAGUGCUUGUGAUUUGUGAAUUAAUUGCAUGUGUAUGAAUGUCUGAUUAUGGAAUAUCAAAUAUCUUAACUCUAGAUUGAUGUUUAGUCAUUUAGCUAGUGCAUGACCUCUGCCAGCUAGUUGUAGUUGCAUGUACCACUGAUGCAUGUAUCUGUUGUGUUGCUAUACCCUCCUCCUCCUCCCCAAAGGCAUGAUGGGUACAUAUAUGCCACACAAUAAUGCUGCAGGGCCCAGUUGAUGGCAUGUUUAGUAUGACUGGCAUGCCACCACAUUACAUGAGGUUGCCUUUCUUGCCCCAUCAUCGCCUGAUGACAGGUAUCUCCGGGUUCCUUGGCAUGCCAUACCCGGGUAAGAGCACUUUCACAGCCACCCUCCCCGCCACACCCCUGUAGUUGCUUCCUGUCUGCAACUCUAACUCACUGGAGGGGCUACCUGUAACAUAGGCUGUUGUCCAGUAGUGACUAACCAGUCAACAGCUGAUACUCAGUAGCUGAGGGAUUCAUCAACAGGGUCAUGCAUUGCUAAUUGAUAUUGGAAAUACAAUGUUUCUGGAAACAUAGUUCUCUGAAGUACCUGAACCUUCAAUGUAGAUUGUUGCUGAGAGGGUUUAAUGGCCCAAAUUGGUCUUUCUCUAAAUUAAAAGAGCAGUAGUAAAGUCAGUAUUCGACAACACAAUCCAAGAUAGCCAGCUGCUUACAGCUGGAGAAGCAUCCAGCUACAGAUUGUGCGCGCUGACGCUGCGUGGUCUGUGAACCUCAAAGCUCAUGCAUCUCAGAUGGUAUUUUUGGGUCUCAAAUGGUAUGUGGCGCACAACCUGCAGACGUUUUUGGUCUUGUAUAUCGCAUGAGUCAAUAGCUUUGUUCCAGGGCGUCAGUGUGCUACGCACAUAAACUAUAUAUACAAAAGUAUGUGGACACCCCUUCAAAUUAGUGGAUUUGGCUAUUUCAGCCACACCUGUUGCUGACAGGUGUAUAAAAUCGAGCACACAGCCAUACAAUCUCCAUAUACCAACAUUGGCAGUAGAAUGGCCUCACUGAAGAGCUCAGUGACUUUCAAUGUGGCACCGUCAUAAGAUGCCACCUUUUCAACAAGUCAGUUCAUCAAAUUUCUGCCCUGCUAGAGCUGCCCGGUCAACUGUAAGUGCUGUUAUCGUGAAGUGGAAAUGUGUAGGAGCAACAACGGCUCAGCCGCGAAGUGGUAGGCCACACAAGCUCACAGAACGGGACCGCCGAGUGCUGAAGCGCGUAGCGGGUAAAAAUCAUCUGUCCUCGGUUGCAACACUCACUACCGAGUUCCAAAUUGCCUCUGGAAGCAACGUCAGCAUAAGAACUGUUCGACGGGAGCUUCAUGAAAUGGGUUGCCAUGGCCGAGCAGCUGCACACAAGCCUAAAAUCACAAUGCGCAAUGCCAAGCGUCGGCUGGAGUGGUGUAAAGCUCGCCGCCAUUGGACUCUGGAGCAGUGGAAACGCGUUCUCUGGAGUGAUGAAUCACGCUUCACGAUCUGGCAGUCCGACGGACAAAUCUGGGUUUGGCGGAUGCCAGGAGAACGCUACCUGCCUGAAUUUAUAGUGCCAACUGUAAAGUUUGGUGGAGGAGGAAUAAUGGUCUGGGGUUGUUUUUAUUGUUUAGGCCCCUUAGUUCCAGUGAAGGGAGAGCUUAACAUUACAGCAUACAGUGGCAUUCUAGACGAUUCUGUGCUUCCAAAUUUGUGUUAAAAGUUUGGGGAAGGCCGUUCCUGUUUCAGCAUUACAGUGCCCCCGUGCACAAAGUGAGGUCCAUACAGAAAUGGUUUGUCGAGAUCGGUGUGGAAGAACUUGACUGGCCUGCAUAGAGCCCUGACUUUAACCCCAUCGAACACCUUUGGGAUGAAUUGGAACGCCGACUGUGAACCAGGCCUAAUCUCCCAACAUCAGUGCCCGACCUCACUAAUGCUCUUGUGGCUGAAUGGAAACAAGUCCCUGCAGCAAUGUUCCAACAUCUAGUGGAAAGCCUUCCCAGAAGAGUGGAGUCUGUUAUAGCAGCAAAGGGGAAACCAACUCCAUAUUAAUGCCCAUGAUUUUGGAAUGAGAUGUUCGACGAGCAGGUGCCCACAUACUUUUGGUCAUGUAGUGUACCAUUUGGCGCACUAGCUCUGGUCCACUGUGUUAUGUUAACCACUGUUGCUUGUGCAGCUAGCUAGUACACACUAGCUAGGAUAGUAUCUAUCUUAUAAUUUUAAAUGUAAUUUAUGUUUGCGGUAACACACAAUCUUCUCUGGCACCAUUCAACAUCCUGUCUUAGCUCGUAUGUCUCACAGUGUCUGUGACGUGAGAAGGUGUCUGCUGCAGCCAGACCCUAUUGGACAGCUGUGGCAUGGAGCACUCUGUUACUGUUUAUGUUAAUGCCUUCACUACAGGUGUCAACACUGGUGCUCCUGGAGCCUACGGAACCCAGGUAAUCUACACUUCUAUACAAUGUAUUUUAGAAAAGCACAGACUGUAAAUGCUUGUUAUUUUAUUACUCACAUCUGUAUUUGAGAAUGAGUAGAGGCCCUUGACGCUUUUUUAAAAUGAUUGGUCCUGGGCAGCAGGCCCCGCGGCCCUACCCAGGACAGGGCCAGCCUGCCUUCCAGCAGCCCUCAACACCCAUAUUUGUAGCCCCGCCACCCAAGCCCAGGUGCCUGCUCCACUCCGAUGCAUACCUGAAGUACAUUGAGGGACAUAAUGCAGCGUCCUCCACCAUCAACAAGUGGGAUCAAACUCUCUCAGGUGAGCUCUCAUCACUGAAAGAAAGUGAUUUACACCACAUCUACAAAUCACUUAUACGAUAUUUCAGUGAUUGGUGUAUCAGUAAAUGACCUUGAAUAACAGAAAAAACAUACAGACAGUAGUAUAAUUUGUCUUCACCUGCAAAGUGUAUCAUGAAUGUACAGUAUGUACUAUUUCCCAAGAACCUUGUGUAUGUACUAUGUAUGUGUUGUGUAUGUGGGCGUGUUUAAGCAGCUCGAAAGAAAGAUGUGCGGCAGACCAAAGAGCAGGAGAGCCGGCUGCCGUCCCAUUGGCUGAAGAGCAAGGGCGCCCAUUCCACAAUGGCAGUGGCGUCUGCGAGACCUGAUGCCACACUGAACAUCCGCCAGACAUACAACCUGUAG